AUGGCGCCUUCCAUUAGCUCCCUCAGCCCCACAGCCCCGGCCUACAUCCCGCAGAGGGGCGCGCCAUGGAUCCGGCCGCCGCCCGUGCCUGGUUUCACGACGUACAUCUGCAUGGCCCCGCCGCCGCCGCCGCCGCCGGAGUUCUUACCGUGGCCGCCCCUAGCUCCACCUCCGCCUCCGCCUUGCUGGAGCGUCCCGCAGGCCCCAUGCGUCCCGGGGAUGCAGGAACCUUUCCAUGGAUGCGUGGUGCCGGUGCCCCACGGAGCGAUGGCCAUGGCCAUGACCCCCUCUGGGCCAGCUCCCGGUGCCUGGCCACGGCGCCAUCCCAAGGCUACGAGGAUGCAGCGAGCGGCGGGUCCGGCUCAGGCGGCAACCGCGGCGUCCUGCGGCGUGAAGGCCGCCGGGGACGCGAAGGAAGCGGCGACCAACCAGCCGUCCCCGCGCUCUGUGCUCGCGGUCGCGUCUCCGAGCCCGCCCAUCUCGCCGACGACGUCCCUCCCGACGUCGUUCCCGUACCAGCUGGUGCUCCCCGCGCCGCCGAGGUCCACAGCAGGCCUCGACUCUGCAGCGGCGCCUCCACCCUCCGAGGGCAGCGUGGCUGUCCGUCCACCGCAGAGACGCGGCCGGCGGCUGCGCGGGCCGCGUCGUGCGUGGCCGGCUUCGAGAGUGCUAGUGCGCCGCACCGUCAAGCCUCGGCGGCUAUUCGACCCUAGCUCUGAGCGGACUAGCCUCAUGAUCCGAAACAUACCGAACGAUUUCACGAGGACGUGGCUGAUGAACAUCCUCGAUGAACACUGCUUCAUCGAGAACGAGAAGAUCGCGCCGGGUGGGGUGAGGUCGGAAUACGACUUCCUCUACCUGCCAAUAGAUUUUAGGAGCCUUGCCAACAAGGGCUACGCGUUCGUCAACAUGACUUCGCCGGAGGCGGCCUGGCGGCUCUUCGAGCACCUCCACGGGCACUGGUGGGGGUUCAAGCACAGCGGCAAGACCUGCGCGGUGGACUACGCUGACCGAGAGGGGCUUGACGAGUUGGUCGAGCAUUUUUCUGGGUCGCGUUUCGACUGCCACACCGAGGCGUACCUGCCGGUGCGGUUCGAGCCUCCGCGGGACGGCACCCGGCCGUCGGAGGGCGCGAUGCAUGUCGUCGGCAGGCUCGCCGCCCGCCACCGCGCUGGAGAUGGGAAGUAA